CAACUCUCCUCUUGAGCGAACUCAUCAUCACCGCGUGUCCCGGAGACUAUACGCUAUAGAUGGUUUGUGACAACACUGACUACUAACCUUGCAACCACUCCCAGUUUCCCAUCACAGAUCAGAACAGGACAGAACAGAAUACGCUUUUCAAAAUGUCGUACUUCAGCUCUCAGUUCUCUUCCUCUCCCGUCCUCACCAUGACUCCCCAACAUGCCCACCAGUCUAUGGGUAUGGCAAGCUUCGGACACCACACACCACCCCGAUUUGCACCUAUGCCAAACCAGUUUGCUGCUCAGCCCGUUCGACCUUCUGCAGCUGGUAGAAAGCGUUCCCGGGACGAGGCCUCUGAAAACCUUGAGCCUGACAUGAAGUCCCUGCCCGUUGAAGAGCCCGAAGAGGAAUGGAUCUACGGUCCCGGCAUGACCCUCAUCAAGAAGAGCACUCGCUACGUCACAGACGCCAGCAGUCAAUCCGGCACCUGGGUUGAGGAGAAGAAGGCUGCUGAAGAGGCCGCCAUGAAGGAGGCGCGCUCUCUGAUCAGAAACCCUAAGCUGCAGCGCGUAUCGCCCACUCUAUCAAGCGCACCUGCCGCCAGCACUUCUCCCCUCCAGUCUGAAGUCAAGCCUGCUACUGAGGGUCCCAUUGUCGAUAACUUCACUCUGCACCUCGGCAUUGGCUGGCGAAGAAUCAGCGAAGAAGAGCACAUCCAAGCCGCUGCUCGUGGUUGGGCUCGCUAUAUCGAAAAUCACUUCCCUGUUUCUAAUGCUCGAAUCCUUCUUGAGAGCAACGGUCUCCAGUCGUAUCUGGUGGAGACCAACGAGGGCUUCUUCCUAUUUGCCGAGAACCUCCGACAAGGCCAGCUUGUCAGCCAGACUGCUGAGGGCGCACUCCGAAAUCUUCGAUGCUCUCCUCCUAUCUUUGACGGAAUGGAGGUUCUUUCAGCAGCCGAAUCACCGCGACCAACCAACGCCGUCCCUGAUAUGGACAUGAGAAUGGACUAGAGAAACCUCGUCCGGGAACGUUCCGAAUUUUUUUUCUUGAUGCAUCUUGUACUUGCUAUUUACGGAGUUACGUGUUUGCCAUGCUUAUGGACUGGGAAUGGGAAUGGGAAAGGAGCCUUGGGAUGGACGGGAAAGAAAGGCUACCGAGAGCGAAUGCCAUAGACCGGAUAGUCAUGGCUUGAUAUCAUUUGAUUGCAAUUUACAUUAUUGAACAAAAACUGGUCUUGAAUGUGCC